CACGUUUUAAACAACGAAAACAGAAAGGAUGGAGACAGCAAAGCGAGAGGAGCUAUUUCAAAUGGGCAAGCCGCAAGCACAAGGCAGUGGGGGAGAGACUGACACCGCUGGCCCCACUGGUGCCCCAAAGCCCUCAUGCUGGUUGGCAGCGGCAUGUCUGUGCCUGCUUUGUGCCACCCUCUUCCUGGGCAUCACCUCGCUGGGGACAUCCACUAUCACAGAAGCUCUCUGAAGUUCACUCUCCUGAGCCUGGAGCUCAGGGCAUUGCGGGAGGCCCUGGCCCUGCUGCAGAGGGAGAACGAAGCCCUUCUGGCCUCCCACGCACAGUCCAGCCACGCGGCCAUGGCCAGGGAGCAGCAGGCCCAGAGAGACAUCCUCGCCCUGGUCCAGUCCAGAGCGCGGCUGCAGGUAGACGCUGCCCAGCUUGUCCACACCAACCAGCGGCUCCGGGGGGAGCUGGAGGAGGUCAGGGCGUCCACCGCCACGCUGCGCGGAGAACACGGCCAGCUGCAAGAGGCCCAGGGCUGGCUGGAGGCGGAGUGGUCGAACCUGACGGAGGCGUGCGUCCAGCUCCUGGCGGAGAACGUGAGGCUGUCCGAGGGCAGAGCCCUGCAGGCCCAGCAGCACGCCAUCCUGGAGAGGGAGACGAGCAGACUCAGGAGGACACUCACCCAGCUGGGACACCUGCCCGCGGUGGAGCGGCACUGUCCUCGGACAGAGCUGGGGACAGAAGAGCGGGUGUGUACACCCUGCUUGAGGGGCUGGAAGCUUUUUUCGACCCACUGCUAUUUCUUCUCUGCGGAGCUGAGGAUCUGGAGCAGCAGCCGGAUGCACUGCCUCCAGCAGGGUGGCGAUCUUGUGGUGAUCGAUAGCAUGGAGGAGCAGGAGUACCUCCACAGGCAAACUCCACCGAAGCCCGGAGUAUCGGUACUGGGUCGGGCUGAGCGAUGAGGACGCAGAGGGGGUCUGGGUCUGGGUGGAUGGCAGUCUACCUAUGCAGAGGAGGUGGGGGCACUUAGACCAAUCUGAUUUACAUCAGUGGUGACUUCUGAUGGCAGAGUACUUACUCUUGUAGUUGGAACAUCUUGAUUUCUCUCACUGUGUGUGUGUGUGUGUGUGUGUGUGUGUGUGUGUGUGUGUGUGUGUGUUUUCUCAGCUUCUGGGUGAUUGGAUCUGGAGGAGAGGCUGCUGAUAACGACUGUGUUUCCAUCCUCAAGGAGACCAGCCCUGUGAAGAACUGGAGGCACGACGCCUGCAGCAAGACAUUCAGAUGGAUCUGUGAGAGCCCAGCACUAGUGGAAACAGCAUGAAACACACACACACACACGCACACACACUCAGACACACAGUCUCUCCUCUCUCACACUCUCUCUCUGUUUCUCUCUCUCUCUCUCUUUCACACACACACACACACACACACACACACACACACACACACACACACGACAAGCUCACAAAACAUCCAUAAAUAGAA